UCGGAGCGUUUCGCUGCCUGUGAGUAGUAUAAGCGAACAAUUAGUGCUAAUGAGGUCAUUAUCUAAUGACCGCUGCAACUUUCUCUUAAUGACCGCUACACUUUGGCCGCUACAAUUUUGCUAUAUGUCAUACAAUAUAUAAGACCAAAGAAAAUUUAGGAAAAUAUUCAGUGUUGUUCUCGUGUUUGUUCUUGAAGAAGACGUCUUGGUGUAUUGUGAAAUUAAGAUGCCUGGAAAACGUGUAUCUUCUAUGCCAUUGAAAAAAUCAUCUCCGAAGCGUUUUAAAGCCCCAGGUGAUGGUGGAUGUGUAGAAGAAGAGGAAAUUAGUGAAUUUACCAACCUGCAACCCUCAACAUCUAAGGCAACAGAAUCAGUGAAUGCUUUAAAAAGACGCCUCCCUAACUUCGAAGAUGGUCCUUUAGAUACACUUGUAAAUCAAAUCGGUGCUGGUCAAAUUGACGAUAAUGAAGUCUUUGAAAAUUUUGCUGAUGAAUUUAACUUUAUUAAUAAAAAUGGAGAAAAUGAAUCAUUCAUAAAAAAGUUUAAUACAUUAGCGAGACGUAUGAGGUUUUCCUUUAAAGAUAAUGCGCCGGAGAAUCCAAUUGAAUGGAUGCAAAAUGCAAUUGAAGAACUGUUGGCGCACAUUUUUAGAGGAUUUUCAAGUGAUGACUAUGUCGGCUUAGUUCUCGAAAAUGAAGAAUUCCCCGAGCGACCUGUUUACAUUUCCUUCCGCAAAUUAUCCCAAUAUAAUGUCGCAAUGGUGAUGGAAACUGUAGGAAAUGUUCUUCAGAGCAAUCGUGCGUUCUUUGUUAAUGAUCGUUUAUCGAUACGGGUGGACAGGGUGGCUUUACCUGUGGGAAAAGGAUUUCGUACCGCCACCGAUGGAUUAGCCGUAAGUUAUAAUGAACAUUGUCUUAGUAAAAAUUAAUAAAUAAAUAAAUAAAUCUAAUAAAUAUGA